AUGAGAAUCCUCAUAACUGGCGGCUCCGGAAAAGCCGGCCAAUCGCUCAUCACGCACCUCCUCUCGCAAAACCACGCCCUACUCAACCUCGACCUCGCCCCUCUCCCCCCACCUCUCGCCUCAAAAGUCCACACUCUCCGCAUCGACCUCACCGACGCCGGCCAAGUCUUCUCCGCUAUGCACUCGCACUUCACUUUCUCCGAGCCCUUCCACGAAUCCACCACCGCCGUCCCAGACGCCGUGAUUCAUUUGGCCGGAUACGCUCGGAACAUGAUGGUUCCUGACAAUGAGACGUUUCGCGGAAAUGUCCUCUCCACGUAUAAUAUCCUCGAGGCGGCGUGUCGUGCCGGGGUACGGAAAAUCGUCCUCGCGGGGUCGAUCUGCACGUAUGGUGUGACGUAUGCGGAUGGGGAUAUUGAUUUCCCGUCGUUUCCGGUUGAUGAGACCGUCGAUACGAAUCCCAUGGAUGUGUAUGGGAUGUCGAAGGUGGCGAGCGAGAAUGUAGCGAGGAGUUUUGCGAGGAGGUUUGCUGCUGAUAUUUAUGUUUUACGGCUGGGCGCGAUCGUUACACCCGAGGAGUUCCAGGGGAGAUUCACGGAGUAUGUGAAGGAGCCGGAGAAGUUCAAGGUUCAUGGGUGGUCGUAUACGGAUGCGGGUGAUAUGGGGGGCAUGUUUGAGGCGUGUUUGAGGACGGAUGGGUUGGGGUUUCAGGUGUUUAAUGCGGUUAAUGAUGAGAUCACGAAUGAUGUGGAGACGGGGGAGUUUUUGCGGACGCAUUGUCCUGGUGUGCUAGUGACGAGGCUGUUGGUGGGGAGGGAGGCGCCGAUCAGUAAUCGGAAGAUGAGGGAUCUGUUGGGUUUUCGGCAGGGGGUUUCCUGGAGGGAGAGAUUUGUUAGGGAGUAG